ACUCGACACCAAACGGCGGUCUGAGUGAACUGACCUGUCGUCGACGAGAGAUAUAACAAUAUGUCGCAUUUAUGAAGACCUGCAGAUGUUCCUCCCAAGUUCAGUGCGCUUCUUUAAUCUUAGAGGCCCAGAACACUGCCGGCUGUGCGAUAACGGGAAUCAUUUAAAAGAAGCAACACCGACAAUUCAUUUGAUUGGGCUAUUAAUUGUAUGCCGGGAGCAGCAAUUGGUAGUCCACCCAUAGCGUACACCGUAUUCACAUUCUGACAUGUUGCACCCACACGUUAAAGCAACUCGCCAAACAAAAUUACCAGGGCCUGGAUAUAAAUCUGGGUCAUCGGCGAACUUAAACCCCACACUCCUCCGACUUUGCUGUGAGCACAAUCCAGCGCCGUUCCAACUGCAACUUACCAAAUCCCGCAGCCAUAUUGUAAUAUGCCUGUCCCAGUCAUAUACUAUAACGUCGAAGUCGUCCAAUUCUGGCAAGGGCAGAAAGAACCCCUACACCCCUACCCACUUCACUGGGUGAUUUACAUCCCAACCGCUCCCGGUAUCGGGAACACAUACCACAUACUAGGAAACAUGGACACCUACACCAUAGAUUUCAGACGCAACCAACCAUACCCAAACCCAGAUGCAUGGCGCGGAAGCUUCGCCGUUGGAAAAGUAGCUGCGCAUCAGCUAACCCUGAUGGAGCGACACCUGGCAAGCAUCCCUAUCGCGCGUCACGACCCCAGAUGGAACUCCCAAAGCUGGGUGUGGGAGGGUCUCAGACAUCUUCGACACCAAGGUUUUAAUAUUAGCUGGGAGAUCAGGCUUUCAGAUCUUCAAACGCAGAUGUAUUGCUUGCUGGAGGAUUGGGAAUACGGCCGAAUUUAAAGAGGGUGGGGAUCUGGGGUGAGAGGGAUUUGUGGAUGGUCGAUCAAAAUGUUUGAUGUUGUUGCUCGGAGUGGCAACGCUCACCAUAAAGUUAAGAUUUCAGCAUCUGCAUUCUACGUUUGUAUUAACACCGGCAUCAUAGACAUCGCGAGUGAACUUUAUUGUCUUGAUCGAAAGAGAGAGUAUCCUCACCGAUCAAGUUUUGUGGCGCUGACAGAUCGAAGCGGAGUCUUGCGCCAUACCACGAGACGUGCUAUGACUUUCAAUCCCUCGCA